GGUGAUCGGGGCAGGGUUUCAUCGUAUCGUGCGCAUCGCUCCCCACCCCCGUCGUCUCCUUCCUUCUACCUUCCGCGUUCGGUCUCUUCCUCUUUCUUUCUUUCUUUCCGUUGAUUCAGACGGAUCUCUGCCGCUCGAUCCCUCCCGUUCUCAGGAGCGGAAGGCCUUCUCGGUCCCAACUGUAUGUAAAGGUCCAAUAUCUGAUCGAAAUCUGGCGAUGGAAGGGAACAAAGAUGAGGCUCUCAAGUGCCUCCGGAUCGGGAAGGAUGCCUUGGAGGCAGGAGAUCGAGCUCGUGCCCUCAAAUUCCUUUCCAAAGCUCGCCGCCUUGACCCCACGCUGCCAAUUGAGGGACUUCUGUCGGCCGCCGAAGCACCCGAUGGUGGCAAGUCUGGAGGUCCCGAUGAUUCUGCUGCAUCGUCGAACGCCGCCCCCCAGCCUGACGGACCCUCCGGUGGUGCUUCAUUUCGUGCUCGUGCGACGGCUGCUUCUUCUAAAGCUAACUCCGAUGGGUCUGGUUCGUCCCGAGAGUAUACAGAGGAGCAAAUUACGAUUAUCCGGCAGGUCAAAAUGAAAAAGGAUUACUAUCAGAUACUGGGGCUUGAAAGGGGUUGCACGGUGGAAGACGUUAAGAAAGCCUACCGGAAGCUGUCGCUGAAGGUCCAUCCCGACAAAAAUCAGGCGCCUGGUGCGGAAGAAGCCUUCAAGGCAGUCUCUAGGGCCUUCCAGUGCCUUAGCAACGAAGAGAGUAGGAAAAGGUAUGAUGUGUCUGGUUCAGAUGAGCCUGCAUUAGCACGGCCUGCUGCACAGCGUAGGAGUCAUGGGUUUAAUGGUUUCUACGAAGAUGACUUCGAUGCUGAUGAGAUCUUUAGGAAUUUCUUCUACGGGGGAGGGCCUCCGGUUGCCACUCCUUUUGGCACUUUCCAAUUUAGGACUGGUGGUAUGGGUAGGCCUAGCGCUCAUGAGGUGCACGGUUCUAUAAAUCCUAACCUUCGGAUGUUAGUACAAAUUUUGCCUAUCCUUCUUUUGCUCCUGCUGAACUUCCUUCCAUCAAAUGAGCCCAUUUACACACUUAACCGAAGUUAUCCUUAUGAGCAUAAGCUCGAGACAUCUAGGGGGGUGAAGUACUUUGUCAAAUCUGUGAAUUUUGAAGAAGAAUAUCCUUACCAGAGUCAAAAACGUACCGUUUUGGAACAACAGGUAGAGAGAGACUAUGUGGGGGUUAUUUCACAGAACUGCCGCGUUGAAUUACAGAGACGGCAAUGGGGCCUGUCCUACCAGACUCCACAUUGUGACAUGCUUCAGAAGUUUCAGACGACAGCUUGAUGCCAUUAACUCAAGGUUUAUGGCGGUUUGAUAUCAAAGUUCCUAAAUUCUUUUGUGGUAUAUUUAACGGAUAAGGGUACUCCUGAGGCUACGACGUUUCGAUAAGACUCCUAUCCCCUUGUUCUGAUUUUGAAGCCUGCAGUUUAAAUCCGGAGGGAACUGUUGUCGGUUGGGAUAUCAUUUUAAUUAGAUGUAUCUUUAAGACCUACGACUAUUGAUCUUCAGAGUUUAUUGUAUAGAAAUCUUCAAAGUCAGUAUGAUGGAAUCAACCAAUCUGUUUGCUCGACAUAAUAAUGUAUUGAGAUUUCUUCCAA